AUGAGUUUACUGCCUAAACGCAGAUCUCGCAGUGAAACACGAGAUUCCGCUGCAAUGCAUUGUGAAAAUAAUAAUAAAGCUGCAAUUCCAAUAAAUAAUGGCACCUUGCUAUGGGGCAAGGUUCGCCAAAGUAGACAAUUGGAUAAAAUUCUGGUAAUGGGUGGUGGUGGCGGGGGUGGGGGUAUGGGUAAACGUCGGACUUCGGCCGAAAUGAUAAGUGAAGCUAAAACAUUUUUAAGUGGCGGGGGAGGAGGAAGUGUUGGAGAUUUUGCUGGUUCCAUGAAUAAUUUGAAUUUCCAAAAACAGCAAUCACAACAAUUUCAGGCCACAAAUGUGGUCGGCGGGGUCCGAAUGGUUAGUACACGACGUCCGGUAACACCCCGUGAAACGGGCAGAGUAUUAUAUGGUAAGGUGGCCAUGGCUGGCCGGCCACCCAGUGCAUUUUCAUUACGUUAUUUGCGAAAUGGCGAGGCGGCAGCACCGCGUACACCUAAUUUGGAGCCCAUACAAACAACAACCGAAGAAGAAGAACAAAAACACGAUGCAACAACCCCAAGAGGAGCUGUAGUAGAUAAUCAUACCGCUGCUGUUGUUGAUAAACAAAUUGGUAAAACGAAAAAUAUUGAUGCCGAACUAACACGACGUUCCAGAUCCUUUGAAUCGUAUAAUGGUAACAACAAUAAUGAUAGUUUCGAUAGUGUUAGUGGUGGUAACAGUAAUAAACCAUUACCACGUAAAUUACCGGCAUUAGAAGUCAAAGGUGGUGGAUUAAGGAAAGAUAACUCCAUUCAACAACCCAAACAAUUACGAGCCAAAACAGCUUAUUCGGUCGAGUCAUCUGGAGGCUCCUUGAAAGGUGAUGCAAUUGAAGUUACUCUCAUCGAUGAAAAUGGGGCCACCAAUCGUGCAUUGACACUUUUGGAGACACGUAAAAUUCUAACCCGCUGCAAUGAUUUGUUGGGUCAAUCAUCGACGGAAAAACUUAUUGAUAUGCUAAAGGAACAUGCCGGGUUGAAAGAGUGUACCGAUGAAACGGUGAAUCAUAUUAAUUCGAUUUUAACAGAAUUAUACAAUCGGGUACACAAACAUGAAGAUAAUUUCAAAAAAGGUUUCAUAUUGGGUGGACUCUAUGGUCUAGUGGAAUGUACAGCACCCAAGAUAUUAUUAUCUGUGGCCAGGGUGGUACUGGCGCUACGCGUUUCCGGCAGCAAUCUGACCGGAGCCUGUAAACUAAUCUUUAAAGUGGCACGCAGCGAACAAAAUGAUCAUCUAUUUCAUGAAAAUGACAUUUUAGAACUCCUUAUCGAUGGCUUGGGUCGGGCAAGUCCCCUUGACGAUCCGGAAGCUUGCAUCUAUGGCUAUGGUUCAAUACGUUUUCUAACAUGCAGCACAAAUCAAGAAAGAGCCGAAUUGACAGCCAUUAAAGAUCUCAAUCGUAAUUGGGCCGAACAGGUUACAGAGUUGCCGCGUAAACCAAAUACAGCACCAAAUUUAGGUGAAUAUCCAACAAAAAUGGGAGGUGGUAGUAUUGAAAAGUCGAAAACGGAAUAUGUUCAAAAACUCUCAAAACAAGAUGCUUUGGUAUUACGCCUCUCGCGUCAUGGUGCUGUUCAGUUGAUGAUAUUACAUUUACAAAUGUUAAAUGAGGCAGGAGCGGCACGUAAACUGGAAGGACCACCAUUGCAUUCCCUGUAUCAGUUAUCAGCAGCAUUGAGAGCUUUGGCGGAUGUGAGAAAAAUUAUAUCGUCUUUAGAAAGUUUGGAUAUAUCACGACCACAUUUCGAUAAUACCAGUAUACAUUUGGAAUUGGCAUGUCCACAUUUGAUCAAAGCGGCCGAGGUGACAAUUGGUGAGAUUGAGGUGCAGGCGAACAUUGUUAGGACAUUGAGUGUCCUUUCCGAAGACUGGGAUUGCUGUCAUGCCAUGGAAAAAUUUGCUCCUCGUAUUGGCAUGUUGCUGGGCCCCUGCUGCACCAAUCAUAACACCAGUAAUGCAGAGAAGCUACUCAGCAUUAUUAGUCGUUUGGGUUAUAUUUUGGGUAACAUCAUGACUAGUUAUGAUUUGGCAAGGAUUCAGUUCUUUCACAAUGACGUUGCCAUGGAAUAUUUGUUAAAUGUCCUUGAAAACUAUUCCAAAGAGCCAUUGACACUACACAAUUCUCUUGGAGAUACAGUAUUGGAUGUGUUGAUAAAAAUGAUAAGAGUUGUGGCGAAUAUGAGUGUUGAUUCCGAGGUGGGACUAGGCUUGGGAGAUACCCGAGCAUUGGGUGCCAUAUUAUUGGAUAUACUGAAGACCACACAACAACUGAAAAGUAUUAAAAUGAAACAAGAACUCCAAGAGCUAUGCCAUGCCACCUUGGGCGCCUUGCACAAUUUAUGUUUCUAUCAGGAUCAAAUGGCCACGACACCCUCAAUGGUACAGGAGGCCAAAGGCAGCUUACGUUCAAUUCUACCCGAUUUGGCAACACAACUAAGUGGAGUUUUGAAAAACAGCCAAGAUGAAAUGUCCCAGGUGGAGGCUGCCCGUGUCCUUGGCAAUUUGACACGCAAUGAAAAGGCCAGGAAAUAUUUCUGUCGAGCAAAAGGAUUAAAACUGGUUGUGAAAAUUCUGUCAAAUCCCAAGACCAAGGAAAUUCAUGAUCUUCAGGCGUGUACAAUUGGUAUAUUGGUAAAUCUAUUGGGCGACGUUGAAAAUCGUAAGCCCUUUAUACAGUUGAAAGGGCCACAAAUACUCUUCGAGCUAUUACAUGACAGCCUGAAGCAACGUGAAGAUUGGUUUAUGAGCACCAUCAUUUGUCAGGCAUAUUGGAAUUUAUUUAUCGAUAACAUCCAUUUGGAAGAGAUGGGUGAUGCCGAUCACAUCAUAGAUGAUAUCAUUGAUUUGCUAUCGGAAUAUUUAGAUGACGACAAACUAUUGCAAAUGGAUGAAAUGUUAAAUCAACAUCAGAUAUGGGAAGAUUUUACAAUGGUCUCAUCGUAUUUACUCGAUCACUUGCAAUCGCAUUAUCAGCAACAACAAGGUAGUGAGGGUGUCAACUCCAUGGAGGCAAGUGAUAUGGAUGAUGAAGAUGAUGUUUACAUUGAGGGUAUAUAA